AAUGCUCGUUCUUUCUUUAGGGGGGCGCUAAUUAUAAUUAGCGAAUUCCUAAAUCCGCAGCCAAUUUAACAGCUACGCAAAUCCGAUUCUCUUUCUCUUUUUCAAUUACCUGAUUUAUCGCUCUAACGAGCGUAAUAGGUCUACGGAAGAAUCUCUGCUGUUUGAUCCCCUCCUCCGUCGGUACACCGUACUGCCCCGAAUCAGUUAUUGUCACGCUGAGGUAUAAAGUUCACUGCACAUGGAGUUACUCAACAUUCUUGGCUCCAUAUCCAACAACAUUCUGCAGAAACUUCUGUGAAAAUCCUUGCAAACUUAUUAUUAUCAAUUUGGGGGUAAGAUGAGGUGAGGGAUGAAGAUGGCUACAGGAGAGGAUCAGAUGCAAGGAUCUAGCGGGAGAGAAGAGAAGAUUUUUGUUUCUGUUCGUCUGAGGCCAUUAAGUGUCAGAGAAAGGGUUAGGAACGAUGUGGCGGAUUGGGAGUGUAUUAAUGAUGAAACGGUCAUAUACAGGAGCCAUCUUUCCAUUUCCGAGCGUUCCAUGUACCCCACUGCCUACACAUUUGACAGAGUCUUUGGCCCUGAGUGUUGUACCAAGGACGUAUAUGAUCAAGGGGCGAAGGAAGUGGCUCUCUCUGUUGUUAGCGGGGUUCAUGCUAGUGUCUUUGCAUAUGGACAAACAAGCAGUGGAAAGACAUACACCAUGAGUGGAAUUACUGAUUACGCCUUGGCCGAUAUUUAUGACUACAUUGACAAGCACAAGGAAAGAGAAUUCGUUCUCAAAUUCUCAGCCAUGGAGAUCUAUAAUGAGUCUGUAAGAGACCUCUUGAGCACAGACACUAGUCCCCUCAGAAUUCUAGAUGAUCCUGAGAAAGGGACAAUUGUUGAGAAACUAACUGAAGAAACUCUGCGGGACUGGAAACAUUUUAAGGAACUUUUAUCAAUCUGUAUAGCUCAACGACAAAUUGGAGAGACAGCUUUAAAUGAAGUUAGUUCCCGCUCCCAUCAGAUUCUGAGAUUGACGGUUGAAAGCACAGCACGUGAAUAUUUGGCGAAUGAAAAAUUUAGUACACUCACAGCUACAGUGAAUUUUGUUGAUCUUGCGGGAAGCGAGCGUGCGUCUCAGUCAUUAUCAGCUGGCACAAGGUUGAAAGAAGGUGGUCAUAUAAACCGAAGUUUACUAACACUAGGAACUGUCAUUCGAAAGCUAAGUAAAGAAAAAACUGGGCACAUUCCAUUCAGAGACUCAAAGUUGACACGCAUACUUCAGACGUCGUUGGGAGGAAACGCCAGAACUGCUAUAAUCUGCACCCUGAGUCCUGCAGGAAUACACGUUGAGCAAUCAAGAAACACAUUGUUAUUCGCAAGCUGCGCAAAGGAGGUGGCGACAAAUGCACAAGUCAAUGUCGUCAUGUCUGAUAAAGUCCUGGUUAAACAUUUACAAAGGGAGUUGGCUAAACUGGAGAGUGAGUUGAAAAGCCCUCGUGAAGCUCUUGUUGUGUCUGAUACAACUGCAUUGCUGAUGGAGAAGGACCUUCAGAUUGAAAAGCUAAACAAAGAGGUGUUCCAGCUAGCACAACUGUUAGAGCGGGCUUAUUCUCGGAUUGAGGAUCUCCAACAAGUUACUGGAGAAACACCAAGAAAAGAGAUAUUAUCAACAGACUCAGACCAUCCAAAUGUGGUUCUUGGACAUCAAUACCCCAAGCUGCGGGUGCGCAGUUCUUGGGAAUCUCUAAAUAUAACACCAGAAAGCCCUGCUCAUCAGUCUAGUAUGAUUUCCCCACAAUCAACCGAGCACGGUUCUCACGAGAAUGUCUUCCAGCUUUCAGACUUUAGGAUAGAAUCUGGUGCUGGUGCAACUAGCCCGGGGAAACGCCUCUCGUUUGUAACUCCUGUGAAAUUCACUAAAGUUCGACUUAAUAUUCGUGAGGCAGAAAGUAAAAACGAACCGCAAAUUCAGAAGGAAAAAUCUGUAGAUCAGUCUUGUGUUCAUGAGGAGAGACUUCAUGAAGUGGAUGAACCAAGUGAGGUGGAUUCCGAUGAUACUUGCACGGAACUUCGAUGCAUAGAAACAGAGUCUCCCGGUAUCAGCAUGUAUCCAGAGCCAUGUAUCCUUCCAGUAUGUAUACCAGAUUCAAAGAACUUAAUACCACCAACGGAAAUUGAAGAAGAAGAAGAAGUAAAGGAAGUCAGUGCUGUCUUUGUCCAACCAAAAGAAAAAAGUGAACCCGCUAAAGUCUCUCCACUUUCUGUUCUCUCACAUCCACACUCUGUCACUAUGUCUCCUGAAAAGCCUUAUGAUUGGCAUCUUGAGAAUGAUUCACAAACGGUAAGAAACAUGGAGCAUAGUGGAAGCCAAAGCUGCGGAACAAGCUUUGUAUCAAGUUCUUCCUCUGCUUUGUAUGAGUACGAGAGAGAUGCUAACACACCAACAAGGUGGUAUCAGAAAGAAAGAGCUGAGAGCAACCUGAAACCGUCCAACAUCAAGAGGCCGCCAUUACCAAAGCAUCUUAGCCAAAUGAGCAUGCCAGCAACUUGGUUUGAGAAAAAGAGAAAGCCAUCACUGAAUGCCUCACAGGUUUCUUCCUCUAGCUGUAGAGGUUCCAUCAGCCAGGAUGAAGGUGAAGAGACUGGUCGUCAAAGAGACAAGCGAAUCAUUCAUUUAUCGAUGGAUGACAUAGAACAGAAGUUCUUGGCGCUGAGAUCACCAAAGAGUUUCAAGGACGCUGCAGUGGACCCCAUACAAGACUAUUUAACUUCGCCACUGAACUGGUCGUUGGAGUUCAACAGACUCGAGAUUGAGAUAAUAGAGCUGUGGCAUGAUUGCAACGUUUCCAUGGCACACAGAAGUUACUUCUUCCUUCUCUUCAGAGGAGAUCAGAAAGAUUGCUUGUACAUGGAAGUAGAACUCCGUAGGCUCAAGUACAUCAGAGAAACCUUUACCAACAAUACCAAAACUAUCGAAAACGGACGCACUCUUACAUCAAUGUCCAGCUUGAGGGCGUUGAACAGGGAGAGGUACAAGCUGAGUCAGCUGAUGCAGAAGAAACUGAGCAAAGAAGAGAGAGAGAACCUGUUCUUGAGAUGGGGAAUUGGGCUGAACACAAAGCACAGGAGGCUUCAGCUGGCGCAUCGUCUAUGGUCAGAGAACAAAGACAUGGAGCAUGUCCGAGAGAGCGCCUCGGUUGUGGGGAAGCUGAUGGGGUUCGUAGACAUGGAUUUGGCGUCAAAGGAGAUGUAUGGCCUCAACUUCUCUAUUAAACCCCGUCCCAAAAAAUCAAGCCUGUGGAAACGGAGCGUUUUGUCGCUCUCUACAUUGUAAUUAAAGAGAAAAAAGGGGUCAGAUAUCAGAAAUCCAAUUGAUUCAGUUGAAAGUGGUGUAGCUUCUAAGUGAGAGGUACACUCGCAAAUGUAAAUUUUGAUUUGGGUCUGAGACUGAGAGUCAGCGAUCUGAAAUGUAACUUCAAAAUGCCAAUUCGCUAAAAAUGUGUUGACA